ACCUCCCUAUAAUUUGUGAUUUUUAAUGUCGAUAUGCUUAAAUGCCUUCGGGCUUAUGUUGUUUUCGUUGUCUUGUUUGCUUCAAUUUAUUUGGCGGCACGGUAGCCAACCCGGUAACGCAGGGGAGCAGCCGCCAUCUAAAAGUUUAUUUCUUCUGGGUGGAAUUUGUUUGUGAUCAUGGAACCGGACAAGUCCCAUACUUUGUCUCAGCAGGGCUUUAUUUACUCUGCUGAGGGAUGUUCUUCUGGGCCCCGACCAGAGGAUUUAAUGAGAGGGGAGCAUGAGGGUGACAUACCUCAGGCUGGUCAGCGAGUGGCAGCUCGUGCUAACGACCAAGGCAUGAAUUUGGAACCAAUCAAACUUACAAAACGGGAAAUGUUUGAUAUUUUAACUGAACAGGCACGCUUAAUUGGACCUAAAAAAAGACCUCUGGAUCUUACCACUGAAGAUAGAACCAGAAUAGUCCUAAAGACGUUAUUUCCGAAUGAAAUAGCUGAAAAUUUUGAUAGCAAAAAUAAAACUGUUGUAGAGACUGUCACAAAAUUUAUUAGUAAAUGCGAAACAAUGUACAAAGCCAGCAAACGUAAUCUACAAUUGUUUUAUAAGAAAAAUAGAUCUUGGCUUGACACAAAGUUUGCUAUACCUCAUAUGAGUUUCCCCAAUGUCACAACAACAUCACAAGAGACGUUAAUAGUGUCGGUAUCUUCUACAUCUACGUCCAAACUGAAGGAACCACAACCUUCAAUAUUAACGUUGAAAGUGAUUGAACCAGAUCUAUCAUCAUCUCAAGAGAUGUUAAACCUGAUGGAACCAGAACUUUCAUCAUCUCAAAAAAUGUUACUAGAACCAGAAGCUUCAACAUCUCAAGAGAUGUUCCUGGAAUCAAAACCUUCAACUUCUCAAACUUCUAAGACUUAUGACAGUUUGAGUUCUCGCCAACAGCGUCGCAUAAGAAAGAGAUUGGAAGAAGAACUUGAAGGACAACCACAUUCCAAAAUUAUUAAAGCAAUUUCAAAAGUUGUCACCGAUCAUACUGGUGAAAAACUUAGUUCAGGUUCUGCUCGAAAGUUGGAGUUCGUAAUAAACGAAUGCUUGAAAUCUCCAACUCGGCCCAAAAAAAUUGCAUCCAUUAUACCACCCAAAGUGGAACCCAAACCAUUUAGUCCUGAAGAAGCCCUUUCUAUGAUGAUCGAACGAAAAUUUACUGUGGAUGAUUAUAUUUCUAUGCAGAGAGAAUUAAAAGAAAGAGGGUUCCCGGCUUAUCCAUCGCACUAUCGAGUACAAUUUGCCAAAAAAAUGUGCUAUCCUGAUGAGCAAUUACAUGUUACAGAAAGAGAGGCAAGCGUUUCUUUGCAUAGUUUAUUGUUACACACAAUACGCCGCAUCAUUAAAGCUUGUGACACAAAAAUAACAGAAUACUUCAAUCAAAAUUAUAAAGAUAUUGUGUACUGUAUUUUUGAGGGUUCUUGGGGGUUCGACGGCAGCACUGGACAGUCAGUUUAUAAGCAAAAUUUCAAAAAUGGGAAUGAUAAGGACGAAAAUUGUUUAUUUGCCACAACAUUCAUACCAUUAUAUUUAAAAACAAAUGACGGAUUUGUGUUGUGGUCCAACCCAAGCCCACAAUCUUUUAGGUUUUGCCGUCCAGUAAAAAUUCAGUACAGAGAAGAGACAAAAGAACUUAUUUUGGAGGAAAAAACGCGCGUAGAAGACGAAAUUAAAAAAUUAUCACCCCUUUACGCAGAAACGCUCUCAGGUCAAAGUAUAAUAGCUGAACCAAAAUUACACCUUACUAUUAUCGAUGGUAAGGUUUUUAAUAUAAUAACGGGGACUUCUUCGCAGCUUCGUUGUGCAUGUUGUGGCGCAUCACCAUCAGAUUUUAAUAAUUUAAAUUUAAUCAAAAACCGGCCAUUAAACCCCGAAGCAUUACGUCAUGGAUUAAGCCCACUGCACGCUUGGAUCCGAAUUUUUGAGUUUUUAAUGAAAUGGCGUGUAUCUAAAAAUUCGUUUGAGGCUAUAAUUGUAGAAAGUCGCAAAAAAUAUAUUCAAAGCGAAAUAAGAAGCAGAAUGGGUCUCAUAGUAGAUGUUGUUCGUCCAAAUUCGGGGACCACAAACGAUGGAAAUACCGCACGUACUGCACUGUCCGAUAAAUACCGAGAAUCUUUUUCUGAAAUCUUGGGUCUAGAACCAUGGUUGGCGGAAGAUUUACAUACCAUUUUAGUGGUUUUAUCCAGUGGGUUGAUAAUUAAUGCAAAAAAAUUUGAUGAUCUUUGUCAAUCUAUUGCAACAAGAUAUGUGAAAACAUACAAAUGGUAUUAUAUGUCCACUACAGUGCACAAAAUAUUAAUGCACGGUCAGCAAAUUAUAGAGUCCAGCCCAUUACCAAUAGGUAUGUUGUCAGAGCAAGCCGGGGAAUCUAGGAACAAAUUCUGGCGUUAUGAUCGUGAGCAUCACACACGCAAGCUCGAUCGUGAAAUAACUAUCACAGACUUAUUUCACCGUGGACUUGAAUCAUCUGAUCCAUAUUUAUCUACCAUAUCCCACAAUAAAAGAAGUAAACCUAAACAAUCUUUACCCCCAAAAGUUUAUUCUCUGUUGGAAGUGACAAUGGACAAUGUGCGUUAUUUCCCACCGGAUUCUAAUUUCGAAUUUGAAGAAGUGGAACUAACUUCAGACGAAAUCCUCAUUAUUUCAGAUACUGAAGAUGUGGCGUAAAUUGAUAUUUGUUUUUUUUUGGUAAUGAUUAUUCCAAAUAAGUCCAGUUUAUUUCUCCCUUUUCUUUCAUAAACUCAAAUUUUAAUACUGGCUAUCCACCGCAGUUUCAAGUGCGUUUUUGGUUCCUACUUCACCUCCGGUAGCAUCUAUGCUUCAUGUAUUUUGCUUUCAUA